UACAUUACAGAACAAUACAGUACAGUAACAAAUGUGAAAAUUGUCGCACGUGGAAUAUUUGAAAAUUUGGUGAUACAAUUGAUGUCGGACGUAUUUUCGAUACUACUUUUUAAACUGUCCAGCCAUAAACAUUUCAAAAGAAAAAAUUGAAAUUUGUGUUUUAAAAUAAUUCGCUUUGUAAACUCGACCGGUGCAAGCUCUUGGACGCUGCGGCAUGGCGUUCUCUACGCAGAAGGAAUUUUUUCAUGUGCCGUUUAUGAACGAGACGCUUGAGUUUGAUUGCCAGGACGCUUGUGUUAAGUUAAAAAGCUAUCCAUCUACAUUCGAUGAUCGCUCGUGGUCAGCCGAUGAGGACAAAAAGUCACGUUUUGUGUCCGAUCUGGUAGCUUGCAAUACACCGUUAAUUUUGCGCCAAGAUGACGGUAGUGGUGGCCCCGGCGGUGGCGCACCUGGUGGCAGAGCGAGUUAUGGACCUGGCGGCAGAGCUGCCAGUGGACCUGGAGGCAGAGGUCGCACCGGACCUGAUUAUGAUGGGCCAACUGGCGGUAAAGCGGGAAAGCCUGGUCAGAGAGGGCAGGACUAUGGUAGAGCACCUACGGGUAAGCGUGGACAGGGGCCUGGUGGCUACGGGGAUCCAGGACAGCAAGGACCAGGUGGUCGGGGUGGUCCGGGAGGCCGGGGGGGAGGUCCAGGACAGGGGCCAGGUCGUUACGGUGGUCCCGGAGCAGAUGGGCAGGGUCCAGGUGGAUGGGAUGGCGGCGGUCCCGGCCAGGGACGACAGGCAGGUCGACGUGGUUCUAGCGUUCCUGGACAGGGUGGUGAUCGGGCCGGGUACGGAGGACCGGGAGGGGGAGGUCCAGGUCAGGGUCCAGGUGGUCGAGGUGUCGCUGGACCAGGUCAGGCUGGAUAUGGAGGUCAGGGGCAGGGAGGCCAAGGGCCUGGCGGUCGGGGCGGAACUGGGCAGGGCCAGAAUGAAUAUGGUGGUCCAGGACAACAGAGACUGGGGCAAGGAGGUCCAGAACGAGGAGGUCGAGGUGGCCCUGGCCCAGGCCAGGGACAGAGCCAGGGACCGGGGCAAGAGGGCCAAGGACCAGGCGGUCGUGGGGGAGCAGGGCCAGGUCAGGUCGGAUAUGGAGCUCCAGGACCAGAACCGGCUGGCUAUGGUGGUCCGGGUCAACAAGGCCAGGGGCCAGGAGGUCCAGGUCAACAGGGACUAGGCGGUCGAGGAGCUGCUGGGCCAGGACAGGCUGGAUAUGGAGGUCCAGGACAAGACGGCCAGGGGCCAGGUGGUCGAGCAGGAGCUGGACCAGGGCAAGAGGGCCAAGGACCAGGCGGUCGUGGGGGAGCUGGACCUGGCCAGGGUAGCUAUGGAGGUCCGGGUCGACAAGCUCAGGAGCCAGGUGGUCCGGGUCAACAGGACCAGGGACCGGGCGGUCGAGGAGCACCUGGCCCAGGACAGGCUGGGUAUGGAGGUCCAGGACAAGAGGGCCAGGGGCCAGGCGGUCGGGGACCUGCUCCAGGUCAGGCCGGCUAUGGAGGCCCGGGUCAGCAAGGCGAAGGGUCUGGUGGUCCGGGCCAAAGGCCAGGUGGUCCGGGUCAACAAGGCCAAGGGCCAGGUGGUCCGGGUCAACAAGGCCAAGGCCCAGGUGGUCCGGGUCAACAAGGCCAAGGGCCAGGUGGUCCGGGUCAACAGGGUCAAGGGCCAGGUGGUCCGGGUCAACAGGGUCAAGGGCCGGGUGGUCCGGGUCAACAAGGCCAAGGGCCAGGCGCUCGAGGCGGAGCUGGCCCCGGCCAAGGACCAGGUGGUGCGGGUCAACAGGAUCAGGGCCCAGGAGGUCGAGGCGGCGCUGGCCCAGGUCAGCCUGCCUAUGUACAAGACGGUCAGGGUCCAGGCGGUCGGGGAGCUCCUGCUACAGGUCAGGCCGGAUAUGGUGGACCGGGUCAACAGGGCCAAGGGCCAGGUGGUCCGGGUCAACAGGGCCAAGGUCCAGGUGGUCCGGGUCAACAGGGCCAAGGUCCAGGUGGUCCGGGUCAACAGGGCCAAGGGCCAGGUGGUCGUGGCGGAGCUGGACCAGGCCAAGUCGGUUAUGGAGGUCCCGGGCAAGAGAGCCAGGGACCAGGAGGUCGAGGAGGACCUGGCCCAGGACAGGCUGGGUAUGGAGGUCCAGGACAAGAGGGCCAGGGGCCAGGCGGUCGGGGACCUGCUCCAGGUCAGGCCGGCUAUGGAGGCCCGGGUCAGCAAGGCGAAGGGUCUGGUGGUCCGGGCCAAAGGCCAGGUGGUCCGGGUCAACAAGGCCAAGGGCCAGGUGGUCCAGGUCAACAGGGCCAAGGGCCGGGAGGUCCAGGUCAACAAGGCCAAGGGCCGGGAGGUCCAGGUCAACAGGGCCAAGGGCCGGGUGGUCCAGGUCAACAGGGCCAAGGGCCGGGUGGUCCAGGUCAACAGGGCCAAGGGCCAGGCGCUCGAGGUGGACCUGUUCCAGGCCAGGCUGGUUAUGCUGGUCCGGGUCAAGAGGGUCAGGGACCAGGUGGUCGAGGCGUAGCUGGGCCAGCACAAGCCGGAUAUGGAGGUCCAGGACAAGAGGGCCAGGGUCGCGGCGCACUUGGGCCAGGCCAGGGCCCAGGUGGUCAGGGUCAAGGGCUAGGAGGUCCUGGUCAACAAGGCCAGGGGCCAGGUGGUCAAGGUCAGGGACCAGGAGGUCCGGGUCAACAAGGCCAGGGGCCAGGUGGUCGCGGUGGACCAGGUCCAGGUCAGGCUGGAUAUGGAGUUCCAGGACAAGAUCAGGGGCCAGGCGGACGUGGCGGUCCAGGUCCAGGUCAAGGCGGAUAUGGAGGUCCAGGACAAGGACAGGAUCGAGGAGGUCCUGGGCCAGGUCAAGCUGGAUAUGGAGGUCCGGGUCAACAAGGUCAGGGCCCAGGUGGUCAGGUUCAGGGACUAGGAGGUCCGGGUCGGCAAGGCCAGGGGCCAGGUGAUCGCGGUGGCCCUGGUCAACAAGGCCAGGGGCCAGGUGGUCAAGGUCAGGGACCAGGAGGUCCGGGUCAACAAGGCCAGGGGCCAGGUGGUCAAGGUCAGGGACCAGGAGGUCCGGGUCAACAAGGCCAGGGGCCAGGUGGUCGCGGUGGACCAGGUCCAGGUCAGGCUGGAUAUGGAGUUCCAGGACAAGAUCAGGGGCCAGGCGGACGUGGCGGUCCAGGUCCAGGUCAAGCCGGAUAUGGAGGUCCAGGACAAGGACAGGUUCAAGGAGGUCCUGGGCCAGGUCAGGCUGGAUAUGGGGGUCCGGGUCAACAAGGUCAGGGCCCAGGUGGUCAGGGUCAGGGACUAGGAGGUCCGGGUCAACAAGGCCAGGGGCCAGGUGGUCGCGGUGCACCAGGUCCAGGUCCAGGUCAGGCUGGAUAUGGAGUUCCAGGACAAGAUCAGGGGCCAGGCGGACGAGGCGGUCCUGGUCCAGGUCAAGCUGGAUAUGGAGGUCCAGGACAAGACGGACAGGUUCGAGGAGGACCUGGGCCAGGCCAGGCUGGCUAUGGAGGUCCGGGUCAACAAGGCCAGGGCCCAGGUGGUCAGGGGGCCGGAGGUCCAGGUCAACAAGGCCAGGGGCCUGGCGCUCGAGGUGGACCUGGCCCAGGCCAGGCCGGUGUGGGAGGUCCAGGACAAGAGGGACCAGGACGAGGAGGACCUGGACCAGGCCAGGCCGGAUACGGAGGACCGGGUCAACAAGGCCAGGGGCCAAGCGGUCGAGGAGUACCUGGGCCUGGUCAACAGGGCCAGGGGCCGGGUGGUCAAGGAGGACCUAUGGCGGGCCAAGCCGGAUAUGGAGGUCCGGGACAAGAAGGCCAGGGACCAGGGGGUCGUGGCGGACCUGGUCCAGGACAAGAAGGUCAGGGGCCAGGGGGUCGCGGUGGACCUGUUCCAGGUCAGGCCGGAUAUGGUCCAGGACAAGAAGCACAGGGUCGAGGCGGACCUGGGCCAGGCCAGGCUGGCUAUGGAGGUCCCGGUCAACAAGGCCAGGGUCCAGGUGGUCAGGGGCCAGGAGGUCCGGGUCAACAAGGCCAGGGGCCAGGCGCUCGCGGUGGACCUGGCCCAGGUCAGGCCGGAGUGGGAGGUCCAGGACAAGAGGGACCAGGACGAGGAGGACCUGGACCAGGCCAGGUCGGAUACGGAGCACCGGGUCAACAAGGCCAGGGGCCAAGUGGUCGAGGAGGACCUGGUCAACAGGGUCAGGGGCCGGGUGGUCAAGGAGGACCUAUGGUGGGCCAAGCCGGAUAUGGAGGUCCGGGACAAGAAGGCCAGGGACCAGGGGGUCGUGGCGGACCUGGUCCAGGACAAGAAGGUCAGGGGCCAGGGGGUCGCGGUGGACCUGUUCCAGGUCAGGCCGGAUAUGGUCCAGGACAAGAAGCACAGGGUCGAGGCGGACCUGGGCCAGGCCAGGCUGGUUAUGGAGGUCCCGGUCAACAAGGCCAGGGUCCAGGUGGUCAGGGGCCAGGAGGUCCGGGUCAACAAGGCCAGGGGCCAGGCGCUCGCGGUGGACCUGGCCCAGGUCAGGCCGGAGUGGGAGGUCCAGGACAAGAGGGACCAGGACGAGGCGGACCUGGCCCAGGCCAGGCUGGCUAUGGAGGACCGGGUCAACAAGGCCAGGGCCCAGGUGGUCAGGGUCAGGGGCCUGGAGGUCCGGCUCAACAGGGUCAGGGGCCAGGCGCUCGAGGUGGACCUGGUCCAGGCCAGGCUGGAUAUGCUGGUCCGGGUCAAGAGGGUCAGGGACCAGGUGGUCGAGGCGGACCAAUGCCAGGACAAGCCGGAUAUGGUGGUCCUGGAAGGGAGGGCCAGGCUCCAGGUGGUCGAGGCGGACCUGGACCAGGACAAGCCGGUUAUGGGGGUCCCGGACAAGAGGGUCAGGGUCCAGGCGGUCGAGGAGGACCUGGUCCUGGACAAGCCGGAUUUGGAGGUCCAGGGCAAGAAGGCCAAGGUCCAGGCGGUCGAGGCGGGCCAGGUCCAGGCCAGGCCGGCUAUGUUGGUCCAGGACAAGAGGGUCAGGGUCCAGGCGGUCGAGCCGGACCAAUGCCAGGACAAGCCGGAUAUGGUGGUCCUGGAAGGGAGGGCCAGGCUCCAGGUGGUCGAGGCGGACCUGGACCAGGACAAGCCGGUUAUGGGGGUCCCGGACAAGAGGGUCAGGGUCCAGGCGGUCGAGGAGGACCUGGUCCUGGACAAGCCGGAUUUGGAGGUCCAGGGCAAGAAGGCCAAGGUCCAGGCGGUCGAGGCGGGCCAGGUCCAGGCCAGGCCGGCUAUGUUGGUCCAGGACAAGAGGGUCAGGGUCCAGGCGGUCGAGCCGGGCCAAUGCCAGGACAAGCCGGAUAUGGUGGUCCUGGAAGGGAGGGCCAGGCUCCAGGUGGUCGACCUGGACCAGGACAAGCCGGUUAUGGAGGUCCGGGACAAGAGGGACAGGGUCCAGGCGGUCGAGGAGGACCUGGUCCUGGACAAGCCGGAUUUGGAGGUCCAGGCCAAGAGGGCCAGGGUCCAGGCGGUCGGGGCGGGCCAGGCCAGGCCGGCUAUGUAGGUCCCGGAAAAGAGGGUCAGGGUCCUGCCGGUAGAGGUGGUCCAGGCCAAGAAGGGCAAGGGCCAGGACCAGGUGGUCGAGGAGAGCCUAUGCCUGGACAAGCUGGAUAUGGAGGUCCUGUAAAAGAAGGACAGGGUCCAGGAGUUCGAGGAGGACCUGGCCCAGGACAAGCCGGAUAUGGUGGUCCGGGACAAGAGGGUCAGGGUCCAGGCGGUCGAGCCGGACCAAUGCCAGGACAAACUGCUGGUCCUGGAAGGGAGGGCCAGGCUCCAGGUGUUCGAGGCGGACCUGGACCAGGACAAGCCGCUUAUGGAGGUCCGGGACAAGAGGGUCAGGGUCCAGGUGGUCGAGGCGGACCUGGUCCUGGACAAGCCGGAUAUGGAGGUCCAGGGCAAGAAGGCCAGGCUCCAGGCGGUCGAGGCGGGCCCGGUCCAGGCCAGGCCGGCUAUGUUGGUCCUGGAAAAGAGGGCCAGGGUCCUACCGGUAGAGGUGGUGGUCCAGGCCAAGAAGGACAAGGGCCAGGGCCAGGUGGACGUGGAGAACCUAUGCCAGGGCAAGCCGGAUAUGGAGGUCCAGGAAAAGAAGGCCAAGGUCCAGGAGGUCGAGGCGGACCUGGGCCAGGACAAGCCGGAUAUGGCGGCCCUGGAAGGGAGGGCCAGGCUCCGGGUGUUCGAGGUGGACCUGGACCAGGACAAGCCGGUUAUGGAGGUCCAGGGCAAGAGGGCCAGGGUUCAGGCGGGCGAGGCGGACCCCUUCCGGGACAGGCGGGUUAUGUUGGUCCCGGAAAAGAGGGCCAGGGUCCAGGCGGUCGAGGUGGUGGUCCAGGCCAAGAAGGGCAAGGUCCAGGGACAGGUGGUCGAGGAGAACCUAUGCCAGGACAAGCCGGUUAUGGCGGUCCUGGGAAAGAGGGCCAAGGUCCAGGUGGCCGAGGCGGACCUGGGCAAGGACAAGCCGGAUAUGGUGGCCCGGGACAAGAAGGCCAGGGUCCAGGUGGUCGAGGCGGACCUGGGCCAGGACAAGCCGGAUAUGGAGGUCCAGGACAAGAGGGCCAGGGUCCAGGCGGGCGAGGCCCACCCAUUCCAGGACAGGCGGGUUAUGUUGGUCCCGGAAAAGAGGGCCAGGGUCCAGGUGGUCGAGGUGGUGGUCCAGGCCAAGAAGGGCGAGGUCCAGGACCAGGAGGUCGAGGAGAACCCAUGCCAGGACAAGCCGGAUAUGGAGGUCCUGGAAAAGAAGGCCAAGGUGCAGGAGGUCGAGGCGGACCUGGGCCAGGGCAAGCCGGAUAUGGCGGACCUGGAAGGGAGGGCCAGGCUCCGGGUGGUCGAGGUGGACCUGAACCAGGACAAGCCGGAUAUGGAGGACCAGGGCAAGAGGGCCAGGGUGCAGGUGUUCGAGGCGGACCUGGACCAGGACAAGCCGGGUACGGAGGUCCAGGGCAAGAGGGCCAGGGUCCAGGCGGACCUGGGCCAGGGCAAGCCGGAUAUGGCGGACCUGGAAGGGAGGGCCAGGCUCCGGUUGGUCGAGGUGGACCUGGACCAGGACAAGCCGGAUAUGGAGGUCCAGGGCAAGAGGGCCAGGGUGCAGGUGUUCGAGGCGGACCUGGACCAGGACAAGCCGGGUAUGGAGGUCCAGGGCAAGAGGGCCAGGGUCCAGGCGGUCGAGGCGGACCUGGGCCAGGGCAAGCCGGAUAUGGUGGUCCUGGAAGGGAGGGUCAGGCUCCAGGUGGACGCGGUGGACUUGGACCGGGACAAGACGGAUAUGGAGGUCCGGAGCAAGAGGGCCAGGGUCCAGGAGGGAGAGGCGGACCUGGACCAGGACAGGCGGGUUAUGUUGGUCCCGGAAAAGAUGGCCAGGGUCCAGGCGGUCGAAGUGGUGGUCCAGGGCAAGGGCAAGGGCCAGGCGGCCGAGGAGAACCUAUGCCAGGACAAGCCGGAUAUGGAGGUCCUGGAAAAGAAGGUCAAGGUCCAGGCGGUCGAGGCGGACCAAUGCCAGGACAAGCCGGAUAUGGAGGUCCAGGGCAGGAGGGCCAGGGCCCAGGCGGUCGAGGCGGACCUGGGCCAGGACAAGCCGGAUAUGGUGGCCCUGGAAGGGAGGGUCAGGCUCCAGGUGGACGAGGUGGACCUGGGCCAGGACAAGCCGGAUAUGGUGGCCCGGGACAAGAAGGCCAGGGUCCAGGCGGUCGAGGCGGACCAAUGCCAGGACAAGCCGGAUAUGGUGGUCCGGGACAAGAGGGCCAGGGUCCAGGAGGGAGAGGCGGACCUGGACCAGGACAGGCCGGAUAUGGUGGUCCUGGAAGGGAGGGUCAGGCUCCAGGUGGACGAGGUGGAAUUGGGCCAGGACAAGCCGGAUAUGGUGGCCCGGGACAAGAAGGCCAGGGUCCAGGCGGUCGAGGCGGACCAAUGCCAGGACAUGCCGGAUAUGGUGGUCCGGGACAAGAGGGCCAGGGUCCAGGAGGGAGAGGUGGACCUGGACCAGGACAGGCAGGUUAUAUUGGUCCUGGAAAAGAGGGCCAGGGUCCAGGCGGUCGAAGUGGUGGUCUAGGCCAAGAAGGUCAAGGGCCAGGUGGUCGAGGAGAACCUAUGCCAGGACAAGCUGGAUAUGGAGGUCCUGGGAAAGAAGGCCAAGGUCCAGGAGGUCGAGGUGGACCUGGGCCGUGGCAACCCGGAUAUGGUGGUCCGGGACAGGAGGGCCAGGGGCCAGGCGGGCGAGGCGGACCCAGUCCAGGACAGGCCGGUUAUGUUGGUCCGGGAAAAGAGGGCCAGGGUCCAGGUGGUCGAGCUGGUGGCCCAGGCCAAGAAAGGCCAGGGCCCGGUGGUAGAGGAGAACCCAUGCCAGGACAAGCCGGAUAUGGUGGUCCUGGAAAAGGACAGGGUCCAGGAGGUCGAGGCGGACCUGGGCCAGGGCAAGCCGGAUAUGGAGGUCCAGGACAAGAGGGCCAGGGUCCAGGCGGUCGAGGUGGACCUGGGCCCGGACAAGCCGGAUAUGGAGGUCCAGGGCAGGAGAGCCAGGGUCCAGGUGGUCGAGGUGGACCUGGGCCCGGACAAGCCGGAUAUGGAGUGCCGGGACAAGAGGGCCAGGUUCCGGGCAGUCGAGGCGGACCUGGGCCAGGACAAGCUGGCUAUGGAGGUCGAGGUGGACCUGGGCCCGGACAAGCCGGAUAUGGAGUGCCGGGACAAGAGGGCCAGGUUCCGGGCAGUCGAGGCGGACCAGGGCCAGGACAAGCCGGCUAUGGAGGUCUGGGACAAGAGGGCCAGGGUCCAGGUGGUCGAGGAGGACCUGGGCCAGGUCAGACUGGAUAUGGUGCUCCAGGACAAGAAGGGCAAUGGCCAGGCGGAAGAGGUGGACCCAUGCCAGGACAACCCGGCUAUGGAAGUCCUGGUAAAGAAGGCCAGGGAACAGGUGGUCGAGGCGGACUUGGUCCGGGCCAGGCCGGGUAUGUUGGUCCCGGAAAAGAGGGCCAGGGUCUAGGUCAGGCCGGCUUUGGUGGUCCAGGACAAGGGCAGGGGCCAGGAGGUAGAGGCGGACCUGCGCCAGGCCAAGCCGGAUAUGGAGGUCCUGGACAAGAAGGUCAAGGGCCAGGCGGAAGGGGCGGACCUUUCCCAGGUCAAGCCGGAUAUGGAGGUCCCGAUCAAGAGGGCCAGGGCCCGGGCGGUCGAGGCGGACUUGGUCCGGGCCAGACCGGGUAUAUUGGUCCCGGAAAAGAAAGCCAAGGACCAGGUCGAGGUGGACCUGGGCCAGGUCAGGCUGGAUAUGGCGGCCCAGGACAAGAAGGGCAGUGGCAAGGUGGUAGAGGAGGCCCCAUGCCAGGACAAGUAGGUGAUGGAACUCUCGGAAAAGAAGCUCAGGGUCCUGGUGGUCGAGGCGGACCUGGUCCAGGUCAGGCCGGCUAUGGUGGUCCAGGACAAGGGCAAGGGCCAGGCGGUAGAGGCGGACCCAUGCCAGGUCAAGCCGGAUAUGGAGGUCCCGGACAAGAGGGCCAGGGUCCUGGUGGUAGAGGAGGACCCAUGCCAGGACAACCCGGAUAUGGUGCUCCAGGUCAAGCCGGCUAUGGUGGUCCAGGACAAGGGCAAGGGCCUGGUGGGAGAGGUGGACCUAUACCAGGACAGGCCGGCUAUGGAGGUCUUAGUAAAGAAGGUCAGGGUCCAGGAGGCCGAGGUGAACCUAUGCCAGGACAAGCCGGAUAUGGAGGUCCUGGACAAGAGGGCCAGGGUCCUGGUGGUCGAGGCGGACCUGGGCCAGGUCAGGCCGGCUAUGGUGGUCCAGGACAAGGGCAAGGGCCAGGCGGUAGAGGCGGACCCAUGCCAGGACAACCUAUGCCUGGUCAAGCCGGAUAUGGAGGUCCCGGACAAGAGGGCCAGGGUCCUGGUGGUAGAGGAGGACCCAUGCCAGGACAACCCGGAUAUGGUGCUCCAGGUCAAGCCGGCUAUGGUGGUCCAGGGCAAGGGCCUGGUGGGAGAGGUGGACCUAUACCAGGACAGGCCGGCUAUGGAGGUCCUAGUAAAGAAGGUCAGGGUCCAGGAGGCCGAGGUGAACCUAUGCCAGGACAAGCCGGAUAUGGAGGUCCUGGACAAGAGGGCCAGGGUCCUGGUGUUCGAGGUGGACCUGGGCCAGGUCAGGCCGGCUAUGGUGGUCCAGGACAAGGGCAAGGGCCAGGCGGUAGAGGUGGACCUAUGCCAGGACAACCGUUGCCAGGUCAAGCCGGAUAUGGAGGUCCCGGACAAGAGGGCCAGGGGCUUGGUGGUAGAGGCGGACCUGUGACAGGAUAUGGUGGUCCAGGUCAAGCCGGCUAUGGUGGUCCAGGACAAGGGCAAGGGCCUGGUGGGAGAGGUGGACCUAUGCCAGGACAGGCCGGCUAUGGAGGACCUAGUAAAGAAGGUCAGGGUCCAGGAGGCCGAGGCGAACCUAUGCCAGGACAAGCCGGAUAUGGAGGUCCUGGGCAAGAGGGCCUGGGUCCUGGUGGUCGAGGCGGACCUGGGCCAGGUCAGGCCGGUUAUGGUGGUCCGGGACAAGGGCACUGGCCUGGCGAUAGAGGCGGGCCUAUGCCAGGACAAGCUGGCUAUGGAGGUCUUGGUAAAGAAGGCCAGGGUCCCGGAGGCCGAGGCGGACCCAUGCCAGGGCAAGCCGGCUAUGGUGCUCCAGGACAAGAGGGCCAGGGUCCGGCCGGUCGAGGCGGACUAGUUCCAGGCCAGGCCGGUUAUGUUGGUCCUGGAAAAGAGGGCCAGGGUCUGGGUCGAGGUGGACCUGGACCUGGACAAGCCGGUUAUGGUGGUCCAGGACAAGAGGGCCAGGGUCCUGGUGGUCGAGGCGGACCUGGGCCAGGACAAGCCGGUUAUGGUGGUCCAGGACAAGAAGGGCAGUGGCCGGGCGAUGGAGGCGGGCCUAUACCAGGACAAGCUGGAUAUGGAAAAGGUCAGGGUCCAGGAGGCCGAGGCGGACCUAUGCCAGGACAAGCUGGAUAUGAAGGUCCAGGACAAGAGAGCCAGGGUCCAGGUCGAGGCGGACGUGGUCCAGGCCAGGCCGGUUAUUUUGGCCCUGGAAAGGAGGGCCAGGGCUCAGGUCGAGGCGGGCCUGGGCCAGGUCAGGCUGGAUAUGGCGGUCCAGCACAAGAAGGGCAGUGGCCAGGCGGUAGAGGCGGUACUCUACCAGGACAAGUCGGUGAUGGAGGUCUUGCAAAAGGUCAGGGUCCAGGAGGCCAAGGCGGACCUAUGCCAGGACAAGCCGGAUAUGGAGGUCCAGGGCAAGGCCAGGGUCCAGGUGGUCGAGGUGGACCUGUGCCAGGCCAAGCAGGCUACGGUGUUCCAGGACAAGCCGGUUAUGCUCCCGGAAAAGAAGGCCAGGGUCCAGGUGGCCGAGGCGGACCUGGUACAGGACAAGCUGGCUAUGGAGGUCCAGGACAAGAAGGAAUGGGUCCAGGCGGUCGAGGUGGAGUUGGACCGGGCCAGGCCGGCUAUGAAGGCCCUGGACCAGGUCAGGCUGGAUAUAGAGGGCCAGGAGAAGGAAUGCGUCCCGGAAGUCGCUUUGGCGCUGGACCAGAUCAAGCCGGAUAUGGCGGUCCAGGACAAGAAAGGAUGGGUCCAGCCGGUCGCGGUGGAGUUGGACCGGGCCAGCCCGGUUAUGUAGGUCCUGGACAAGAAGGAAUGGGUCCUGGAGGUCGCGUUGGCGCUGGACCAGGGCAGGCUGGAUAUGGCGGUCCAGGACAAGGGAUGGGUCCUGACGGUCGAGAUGGAGUUGGGCCAGGCCAAGCCGGUUAUGGAGGUCCAGGACAAGGAAUGGGUCCAGGCGGACGAGGCGGAGUCGGGCCAGGCCAGGCCGGAUAUGGAGGGCCAGGACAAGAAGGAAUGGGUCCAGGUGGUCGAGGUGGAGUUGGACCAGGCCAGACCGGCUAUGGAGGCCCUGGACCAGGCCAGGCUGGCUAUGGAGGGCCAGGACAAGAAGGAAUGGGUCCUGGAGGUCGCGUUGGCCCUGGACCAGGGCAGCCCGGAUAUGGAGGUCCAGGACAAGGGAUGGGUCCUGACGGUCGAGAUGGAGUUGGGCCAGGCCAAGCCGGUUAUGGAGGUCCAGGACAAGGAAUGGGUCCAGGCGAACGAGGCGGAGUCGGGCCAGGCCAGGCCGGAUAUGGAGGGCCAGGACAAGGAAUGGGUCCAGGCGGUCGAGGUGGAGUUGGACCGGGCCAGGCCGGCUAUGGAGGGCCAGAACAAGAAGGGAUGGGUCCAGGCGGUCGAGGUGGAGUUGGACCGGGCCAGGCCGGCUAUGGAGGCCCCGGACCAGGCCAGGCUGCCUAUGGAGGGCCAGGACAAGAAGGAAUGGGUCCAGGCGGUCGCGUUGGCGCUGGACCAGGGCAGGCCGGAUAUGGAGGUCCAGGACAAGGGAUGGGUCCAGACGGUCGAGAUGGAGUUGGGCCAGGUCAGGCCGGUUAUCGAGGUCCUGGACAAGAAGGAAUGGGUCCAGGUGGGCGCGUUGCCGCAGGGCCAGGUCAGGCCGGCUAUGGUGGUCCAGGUCAGCAAGGUCAAGUACCAGGCGGCAUUGGUGUCACUGACAUGUUUGGACAAGACAGUGGUCGUGGGAGCUAUCCAGGUAGUGGUCGUGACGGUUACGGUGGUCCCGAUGGACAAGGAGGGCCCGGAGGUUUUGGUGGUCCCGGUGGACAGGGCCCUGGAGAUUUUGGUGGAUCUGGUGGACGAGGUCCUGGAGGUCCUGGUGGUCCUGGUGGUCCUGGAGGUCCUGGAGGUCCUGGAGGUCCUGGUAGUCCUGGAGGUCCUGGUGGUCCUGGAGGUCCUGGUGGUCCUGAAGCACGCUCUGGAAAGUCUGGUGGAAAACUAGUGGUGGGCGACAGUCUUAUCAACGCUGCGGACGACACCAUUGAAAACAUGAAGAAGGUAAUGAUUGACAAUAAAUUACUCGACAAAGAUUUGGCCGAGACCCGAGAUCGCGUGGGAGGCACUAAAACAGGAAAUGCUGAACUGCAACGUAUAAUGGAACAACGCUACGACCCCGAAAUGAGCAAGGUGUUUGAGAAUAAAAUUCAAGACCUAUCAGACGCUAGAAAGAUCGAUAACAACGAUGAAAGGGAUCUCAGACACAUCCAUAAAUCCGUCGAUGAUAUGAAUAAAUCUCAUGAUAUUCUAGAAUCGGAAAAUGCAAACCUUAGACGACUUCUUGAAAAGCAGUCCAGGCGAUGUUCGAUGGACAGCAUUAGGAUUGAUCCAGAAAAGAGCAACGAUGUCAAUUAUUUACAAAAUAAGAUCGACAAUAUGGGUAAGGAGUUGGCAAUACUGCGUCAAGCUGAGGACGAAUUUAUAAGAGCGGGGGGAGCCACUGAAGGCGGUUAUGGAGGUCUUGGUGGACCAGACAUGGAUGUUGACACACUUCAAACCAUGUUGGCUGAGCGUGAAUCACUACGCGCAAAAAUUAAAAACCUAGGUUCGCUCCAUAAUAAGGUUAAAGGUUCGAAGAAGAAAGUCUGCCUAGCAGAAUGUGCCUCUGCUGAUCUAGUCAAAAGUCUUAAUGAACAAAAUCGUUAUAUUUGUGAUAUGGAGAAUGACAUUCAGGAAAUGCAGCAAUACUAUGAAAAUGAGGUGGAGCAGUCCAAGUACAAUGAAGAAGUCCUUAAGUGCCGCUGCAAUGAGCUUCAACAGCAAGUGGUGACCCUCCAGCCGGCGCUGCAGCGCGCAGACCUUAUGCAAAUGGAGAUCGACGUUUUACGCAACGAGCUGCGAAAACGUGACUUGGCUUUGAACGCCUACGAUUGCCAAUACCAGCAGCUCAUGACCGUCAUCUGUGAGCUCAAUCAAAAGUACGGGAAUCAGCGUGGUGACUGUUCCUCAUUUGAUUUACCAGACUGUCCCGAUGUAGGCGAUGAUCUAGCCUUUUACACGAGCGCCACUUUAGAACUUAUCAUGGACGAAAUGAGCAAACAGGCUGAUUGCUUUAAGCAUAUGAACGAGGAUAAGUAUUCCGGCGGUCAGAAAAUUAACAAUAUAGAAGACUGCAUGAACGAGCUGGAUAGACUGCGUAAUUUGUUAAAUGAAAAGGACGGCCAGUUGGGCGAUUUGAUAGAGGAAAAUGAGUGCAUGUGCGAAGCUGCUAUGCAAAGCAACAAGCGACUUAACCAAUUGGAUAAAAAGGUUCGUCAACUUGAUAAUGACACAAAGUAUAUGGAGGAAGGUAUGCGCGAGAGCAUUGGAUUAAUACAGGACAUUGGUGAUGUUGCCAGGGAAAACGAUAGGUUGAAGGAUAAAGUUAACAACUUGAAAGAAGCUGAACUUCAAGCAUUGACGGAUGAUUUGAAGAAACAGCUUGAGGAUUGCAUGAAGAGUAAACAACUUUGCGAAGAAAUAAAUAAAAGGUUUAGAGAAGCAUUGCAGGACCUUGGAGGGGAUCCCGACGCUAUUGAAAAAGAAGCUAAACAGAGAAUAGAGGAACAACGGAAGGCCGAAGAAGCUGAGAAAGCGGCCGAAGAAGCUGAAAAAGCAGCCGAAGAAGCUAAAAAAGCUGCGGAAGAAGUGAAAAAAGACGCGGAAGAUGCUAAAUUGAAAGAAGAACCAAAAUUGAUCGAAAAAGUUAUGACGCCGACAGGAAUGGUGGAAAGAUUGAUCGAGAAACCGGAAGGGGUGGCUAGACAGAUACCAUCUGAAAGACUAGAAGAAUCUAGAGCUAAGCCAGGUUUUGGUGAUACAGCAGAGGUUCAACCUAGUUCCAUGCCCACAGAUACAGCAGCAGAUCAACCAGGUGCGAGGCCACAGGAUAGAAUAAUAGGUCAACCAGGUGAAGAGCCACAGGAUAAAACAAGCGGGCAACCAGGUGCAAAGCCUCAAGAUGCAGCCGCUGCUCAACCGGGUGCUGAGCCACAAGAUGCAGCCGCCACCCAGCCGGGUGCUAAGCCUCAAGAUACAGCCGCUGCUCAACCGGGUGCUAAGCCUCAAGAUACAGCCGCUGCUCAGCCGGGUGUUAAGCCUCAAGAUACAGCCGCUGCUCAACCGGGUGCAAAGCCUCAAGAUACAGCCGCAGCCCAACCGGGUGCAAAGCCUCAAGAUACAGCCGCCGCUCAACCGGGUGCAAAGCCUCAAGAUACAGCCGCCGCUCAACCGGGUGCUAAGCCUCAAGAUACAGCCGCCGCUCAACCGGGUGCUAAGCCUCAAGAUGCAGCCGCCGCUCAACCGGGUGCUAAGCCCCAAGAUACAGCCGCCGCUCAGCCGGGUGCUAAACCCCAAGAUACAGCCGCCGCUCAACCGGGUGCUAAGCCUCAAGAUACAGCCGCCGCUCAACCGGGUGCUAAGCCUCAAGAUACAGCCGCCGUUCAACCGGGUGCUAAGCCUCAAGAUACAGCCGCCGCUCAACCGGGUGCUAAACCUCAAGAUACGGGAGCUAGUAAACCAGGUGCAAAGCCCCAAGAUACGGCAGCUGCUCAACCGGGUGCAAAGCCCCAAGAUACGGCAGCUGCUCAACCGGGUGCAAAACCUCAAGAUACGGCAGCUAGUAAACCAGGUGCAAAGCCCCAGGAUACGGCAGCUGCUCAACCGGGUGCAAAGCCCCAAGAUACAACAGCCGGUCAACCUGGUUCAAAGCCCCAAGAUACAACAGCUGGUAAGCCUGGUGCUAAACCUGGAGCCCCUCAGGUCGAAAAACCUGGAGGAGCCGGAGAGACUGGCGGGAAGCCUGCUCAACCUUCUGACGCCUCUGGCGAUAAAGCUGGAGCACCUGGACAAACUGGAGAUAAACCUGGAGAUAAGCCUCCAGCAGCCGGAAAGCCUGGAGAUAAACCUCCAACAGCCGGAAAACCUGGAGAUAAGUCAGGAGCAGCAUCUGCUCAACCUGCUGCUGCUUCUGCCGACAAGGCUGAAGCAGCUGGGAAAGCUGGACCUAAACCUGGCGACAAGCCCGGAAAAGCCGCACAGCCGACUAGUGCCGAUGAAGAUAAAACUGGACAGAUUGAUGCUGGGCCUGGAGAUAAGGCUGGAGUACCCGGACAACCUGAUGCAGGACCUGGAGAUAAGCCCGGUGGAGCGGCUGGACAACCUAGCGAUAAGCCCGGUAGAGCCGGCGGCCCAGCUGGUCAACUAAGUGAUAAGCCCGGAAGAGCCGGCGGCCCAGCUGGUCAACCAGGAGCAACAGCUGGCGAUAAAGCCGGUGCGGGUAGGCAACCAGGCGCUAGAGUUGGAGGAGGUCCCGGAGCAGCAGAAAAAACUGGUGGAAGGCCUGGGGACGAAAGCAGCGGCCAACCUGCCGCUAAGGCCGGUGCUGCUGGAGGAGAAACACGGCAGGGACCCAAAGGUCUUGCCCAAAAGCCUGGCUUGCGCGCACCAGGCAGAGAUAUAUAUGGCGACGAUGGUGAUGACGGAAUAGGAGGUGUGAAACGCGGAGCAAAAGGUACUGGGCGCGGCAGAAAAAGUCAAAAACUGGAUGACACCACUGAAGAGCAGUUCGAUGAGUUUGUAAAGAAUACUGUGAAAACAUUAUCCGCCGGCGAGAUUGAUGGUGUUGGUUUGGAAAGGGAGUUGCGCAAGAUCUUGGAUAUGUUUAUCGAUGAGUGCGGAUUCUGUUUCUGCAAGUGCAACAUACCGAAGAGCCGCUUUUAUGCUAUAUGUCACAAGCUCUACCAUCAUGGGCUGCACACUCUAGACUUUAAAGAUCUGGCUUACAUGCAUAAGCGUAUCUUUGCUGCGGCAGAAAACAUUCUGCCUGGAUGUCUUUUCAAUAUGAUCAUGAAAGAUAUACUGGCCACUAAUCCACAGAGCCUAAGCCAGACGACCCCUUCAACUAAUGUACCCGAAAAACAGUGCUGCACGUGCAAAAGCUCGCUCUGUUGCGAUGACACUGAGGAAAAACUUAUGAUAAAGGUAAUGCGCCUUGAAAACGAUAUUGAGAAUGCCAAAUUGUGCUUGAAGAAUUUGAAAAAUAUUCCAUCCAAUCUGUCCAUACAUGAUUAUCGUAUUGAGGCUGGCGAUUGUCCGGCAAAGGACCGCGUCCUACGUUCUACGCGUGGGGGAAACUCUAUUACCAUAUACAAAGAAAUUAAGCAGGCCCGACGUGCUAAGAAGGGAUUUACUGCAAACAAUUAAAUAUUGCUUUUUAUUUUUGUGUUUUACGUGUUGGGUUGGAUUCAAGUAAUACGUCCGAUUAACGUUUCUGAUAUUGUGAUCCAGCCAUAUAAAAUUCGUUGUGAAUUAAAAUAUUAAAUUAUUAAUCGUUAAA